UCGCUGUGUGAGAGAUAGCACGCACAGACCAAACAUCAACAACAUCGCAACUGAUCCCAACACGUCAGCUGACUUCACUCCUUUCAUAUUAAUAACACGUGAGUCUUUCAGGUUUCACGAGAGAUCAGCAUAUUGUUUAGCAAGAUGGGUGAAACUGAGGGAUUGUCCAACACCGAAGCUAGGGAUCUUUGCCUCGAACCCGAACCUGCCACAAGUCAAUUCAUAAUGCAGCAGACAAUGUACAGAAUAAAAGAUCCCAGGAAAUCAUUGCCAUUUUACACUAAAGUCCUGGGUAUGAGAUUGCUCCAGAAGUUAGAUUUUCCAGAAAUGAAAUUCUCGUUGUAUUUUAUGGGAUAUGAGGAGGCUAAGGACAUCCCAACGGACAGGAAGGAGUGUUUAGAGUGGACGUUCACUAGAAAAGCAACGAUUGAGUUGACACAUAACUGGGGGAGCGAGACUGACCCAGAUGUUAAAUACCACAAUGGCAACAGUGACCCGAGAGGAUUUGGUCAUAUUGGCCUGUGUGUGCCUGAUGUGGAUGCGGCCUGCAAGAGAUUCGAAGAACUAGGAGUUGAAUUCGUGAAGAAACCACAGGAUGGGAAAAUGAAGGGAAUUGCAUUCAUAAAGGAUCCGGAUGGCUACUGGAUUGAGAUCUUCAGCAAAAAUACUGUAACCAGCGUCAUCAUGGGAUCUUAGCUUUACAGCUGUUCAAAUGUAUUACACAAUGCCUUUACUGUAUUAAAAAAUGAUAUUCAAAUCA